AUGAUGGUGGAUUCUCUUGGUGUAGAGAAAAUCGAUGAGUCUACUUAUAGGGGCCUAAAGCCUCUUUGCAAGCCAGAUAGAGCUGCACGAGGAGUUUAUGGGGGAAACCUAGUGGGUCAAGCAUUGAUGGUUGCAAUGGCAAGUGCUGGAGAGGGUUUUGAACCCCAUUCAUUACAUGCUUAUUUUGUGAAGGCCACAACAGAUAAGAGUCCCCUUGAAUGGAAAGUUGAACAAGUUUCCAACGGGAAAACGUUUGCCAAUAGACAUUUACAGGCCACUCAAGAUGGGAAAAUCACAUUUCUGGCCAGUGUGUCGUUAACCAAAGUUAAUGACUUUAGUAAGUCUGUAAAAGAGUACGAGGAAAAGAUGGAGAAAUACAAUAAGCUGCAAAAUGCAUCGUCAACAUCUGAUGACGAUAAUGAUGACAAUGAUGACGACGUUGAACCAUCGAAACCUAUUCAAUUUCAAACACCACUACUUAAGUGGCUUCAGAAUAGCCCCAAGUUGGAGAAUCUACCUACAGACAAACGAUUUGGUGUCAUUAAAACGGACUUUAAGUUCCCUGUGGAGAUGGUUGAUUUAACAGCCACUAUCGAAGAAGAACUUCAGAAUGUUACGGACCGUAAAGUAGGAUUUUUGCUUCGAUGGACCCCAGAUGAAGAACAGACACGUCUACUAGCAAAUGGUGAUUCCCCUGGUGCCACAAUGAUCAAAUAUGUGGGCCUUGGAGUGCUUAGCGAUUCAAUUUUUCUCACUCGUUUAGCACGAAUUCUCAGAGUGGAAACCGUUGAUUUGAACCAUCUUGUGCAUUACUAUUCUACCUCAUUGGAUCAUGUGGUUUACUUCCAUGAUCAUGAUUUUGAUCCCACUCAAUGGAUGAAAUUUCAGUUCAAGGCUACACGGUUUGGGAACCGAAGGGUUGUUUUGGAAGCAGAAAUCUUCAACCACAAAAACGUCCAUGUGGCUACCAUUGUGCAAGAAGGACUUGUUUAUUUCAAUGGUUUGGAAAAGUAUGCUAAACUAUAA